CUGCCCCUGGUGACCACAGAGAGCUGGACAACAGAAGGACCAGCUGCAACUGCAUGCUUCAGAGAAGAAGUGCCAUCACAGAGAAGUUUCUAGAGAAGACAAGCUGCUGUAUCAGAGAUCAAGAUAAAGAAAGGAGCAGACGAAAACAUCUGCUUUCUCCUCUUCCUGUUCAUAGUGAGAUCACAGCCAAAAGAGGAAAGGUUGUGGAUCGGUUUCCAAAAAAAGGACCCAUAGCUAUCUGCAACCACAACCACAAAUCUCCUCCUUUUCUCCCUCCCCCCUCUUCUUGGCAGCAGGUCCCCCUGUUCCUCACCAGCCUUGCCUAUCCUCUCAACCUGUCAUACGACCAUGGACCGCUCAACGCAGGAGCUGUUCCUCAACUUCAUGAUCGUCUUAAUCACUGUGCUGCUGAUGUGGCUGCUGGUGAAAGCCUACCAGGACUGAACCAUGGAGCAAGAAGUGAGGAGAUGAAGGAGAGGCAGAGAGGAUGGAGAUUCAGGAGUAGGGGGAAGCCAGCAUGGUUACUGUAGGACUUUGUGCAGACAGAGCGUUUACAUCUUUUCAUUCUAUUAGACUACAGUCACUGAUCUGAUCCAGAGCUUCAGAGUAUUCAUAGCAAGUCAAAAAAAAAAAAAAAACUAUGUGAUUGCUAAGGCCAGGGCAAAUUGUCAAGGACAAAGUAGACUUGGAUCCGUACUUGUAUUCUGAGAUGUUGACUGAAUGUGGCCUUGAAAUUCUGGCAAGAGCCAAAAGGUUAAGCAAUAGUAGGCUACAGAUGGAAAGGAUAGAAUGAACAAAUAAAAAUGACUGAACUGGGGAUUGAGUCUCUACUUUUUCACUGUGAAAACCUUUACAUGUCACCAUAAAUAGCAAUGUGUUCCUACAUUGAAUUAUGCCAUUGUGCCUGUUGUUCUGUUUCUACUGAAGUGAUCAAUAUGUCAAAUGCAGGCACUGUAUUUACUCACAGAAGAUGACAUCAACACAAAUAAUGAAGCAUUAUGUUUAUGUUCACUUCUUGCCAUAAAGCAGUCUUUCAUUU